AUGAAGUGUACUCUGAUUUUAUUUGGCAUACUCGUGAGUAUGACUAUCAAUUGGACUGAGUGCUUGAAACUGGCUGAACCUUGUAUACCCACAGUCUGCAAAUUACCCAACUGCAAAUGUAGUACUAUUGAGAGUGGUAGUGGUAUUCCCACAUCAAAAAUACCGCAGAUCGUUCUGUUAACCUUCGAUGAUGCUACGACCGGACAAACUUACGGAAAGUUUUCCGAAGCGCUAUUCAAUCGAAAAAAUCCAGAUGGAUGCCCAAUAGUGGCCACCCAUUUUCUCAGUCACGAAUACACUGACUAUACAUUAGUCUACGAUCUCUGGUUAAAAGGACACGAAAUCGCCCUACAUUCCGUCACUCACGCACCCAUACAAGAUUACUGGCUAAAGAUAAAUCUCACUACUUUCAAAGCUGAAUUUGAUGAUAUGAGGCAAAUAGUGAUGCACUUUGCGGGAAUCCCCAAGAGUGAUAUACGAGGUGCAAGAUUACCAUUCUUACAAACGUCGGGUAAUAUAAGUUUUCAGGGCCUGAAAGAGCUUGGAUUGGUUUAUGAUAGCUCAAUGCCAACAAUACGAUACGUUGAUAAUCCAUUGUGGCCUUACACUCUGGAAUACGCCAGUCACCAAGAUUGCAUGAUAGAGCCCUGUCCAACAGCUAGCUUUCCGAACGUCUGGGAAGUACCGAUGACUAUGUGGUUAGAUGAAAAGAAUGUGAGUUGCAGUAUGGUCGAUGCAUGCACGAACAUACCCAAGCAAGCUGAGCCGCUUUCAAAAUGGAUCAUCAAGCAAUUUGAACGGCAUUAUAACAAUUCACGGGCACCCUUCCCAGUUUUCAUGCAUGCCGCCUGGUUUCUACGCAGUGACGAAUAUUUCAAGGCCUACAAAUUAUUCAUCGAUCAUCUGGUACGCUUACCCGACGUUUAUCUAGUGACAGUAAAUAAAGCCAUUGAAUGGGUGAAGAAUCCAAAAUCUUUGGACGUUAAGAAACCAUUUGGCGAAUGUGAAGUUAGAAAACCAGCAUUCGACUGUUCCCCUCGAACUUGCAAGUUGACCGGAAUCGACGGCAACGAAAGAUGGAUGUCUUCUUGUGUUAAAACUUGCCCUGAUAGAUACCCAUGGAUCCAUAAUCCUCUUGGAAGAUAA